GUGGUCGUUGUUAGUUGAAGCACAGGCGAUGGGGCCUGUCAGAUCUGCGGCCAUAGCUGGUGCGCUACGGUAGAGUGUGGAAGAAAGGAGUAAGGAGCGACACGACGUGGCGAGGGUAUGCUGUGAAUGAGGAAGGAAAGUAAGCGACUGAGCGGGUCGAUCGAAAGGGGAAGAUAGAGAGGGGGGGGCUGAAGCAGGGGUUUGGAAACAGGUGCGAGGAAGCAUGGGUGUCGUCAUCGUCAUUAACGCCUUGCCACACGCGUGAACGACAUCCAUCUGAAGUCCGGGUAUCCAGCCAAGAGAGCCGGACGACCGUCUCCAUCUUCGUUGCGGUCGCCAUCUCCAUAUUGAUUGUCGCAAGCACCGACCCAUUGAUAGAAGAAGCUGGUUUUGUCGCUCUCUGUUUGUCUGGUCUGGUAUUUUCACCUUUGUUCUCUUUCUGCACUCCGGCCUCGUCUCUUUCGCUUUCUCUCUCCCGUGUCGCUAGCAUCUCGCUAUGCCGUUGUUUGUUUCGGACAUCGAGUAUGAUGCGGUUCGACAUGAUGUCUCCGCCGUGGUGGCGCGGGCGGACGAAAAAGUGCGGGAGCUGCUCAUUCAGGUGGAGGUGCAAAAAGCCAGAGCGGAUGCGGCGGCGAUUAAUGCGGAACAGACAUGCGCGCUUCUGGAGCAGAAAUACCUGGCUCUCGCUGCCGAACAGUCUCAGCUAGAGCAAGACAAGGAUCAGCUUGCUAGUUCACUAGCGGAGCGCUCCGCCGAGCUGGCGGAAGCGAAGUCGCAAGCGCAGCAACUUCAGUUGGAAGCGGUUCGUCGAGAUGGGGAAGCAGAAAGGCACCAAGUGGAGAUUGCAGAACUCCACAGAGGGAAGCGUGAAUUGCUCGAGCUCACCGAGCAUAAGAAUGCUGAACUGGACGAGAAGAACAGCUCCAUUAAAGCCUACUUGGAAAAAAUUGUUGCCCUUACCAAUGAAAGGGCGAGGGUUGAAGCAGAGUUGCUGGAAGAGCGAGCUGAGGCUGCUCGAGCAAGGGCAAUGCAGGCCAGACUUACGCAGGAGAAAGAGUUGCUGGAUCAACACAAUUCCUGGCUGAAUGCUGAAUUGACUACAAAGUCGGAAGCCUUGCUUGAAGAGAGAAGGAAGAGUGGUGAGGUGGAGGCGGAGCUUCGGACGAAGCUAACUGAGGUGGAUAAAAACUGCAAGGAUGCGAGUGACAUGGCCAAAAGACUGAAAGACAGAGUGAAGGAUCUUGAGAAUCAGCUCAGCCAGACCAGAGAGGAACUCAAAUAUGUCAAGGACGAGGCUGCCUCUCAGGAAGAGCAUUUUACAGGAGAGAUUGCAACGGCUAGCAAGCUUGCUUCACUUUAUAAAGAGAGCUCGGAGGGAUGGUCAAAGAAGUGCAACGAACUGGAGGGUGUUGUUAAAGCCCUUGAGACACACUUGACUCAGAUGGAGACGGAGUACCGCUUGAAGCUGGAGAAGGCAGUAGCGGACAAGGCGGCGGAAGCCAAGGUUUUCUCAGAGAGAAUAUCGGCAAUAGAAAAGGAGGCUGAAGAGGCCAAAGAAGAGCUUGCACAAGUGCGCAGUCAACCGGAGUUGUUAUCCCUUGCAUGGCGGUCACCGGAAGGACCUUCAGAGCCUGGGGAGGGACAGGAACCUCUUGUGGCUGAUUUCCAAGAGGCAAGUUUUCGCAGUCGAGUGCCAGAGAUGUCACAUGCGGCAUUAGCAGCAAGCCUCGUUCGAGAGGGAUGGACGCUGACAACGAUGUAUGCGAAGUAUCAAGAAGCUGCGGAUGCAUGGCGGCAUGAGAAGCAGGAGCGCCUUCACGCUCAGAGCCUCCUCGACAGGGUUUAUUACGAGAUUGAGCAGAAGGCAACGGUGAUCAUUGAGGAAAGAGAAAAGCAUUUCCGAAUGGUGCAAUCUUACAAGAUAAUGGAGGACAAGCUGAAAGAAUCUGCUGCAUUCAAAGGGGAGCUUGAGGCAUCACUCAGGGAGGCUAAGGCACUCGUGCGGGACAGGGAGAGAGAGAUUAAGAGUCUUGAAAAGGAAGCUUCCGACUUGUUGACCCAGCUUGCGUACCUUGUGAAGGAGAAUGCUGCACUUGGCGAGGGGCAAGGCCCAUCUCGGGUGGAGCUGGAGUUGCCUAUAAUGCCGAUGUCACAAGGAGAGGAGAGUGCAGCUGAUGCAGUUAUAUCAGGGCGCCUGUUGACAUUCAAGGAUGCAUACGAUUUGGUGAAAAUAAAUGCCUCACUGAGGAGGUCUCUGAGGGAUCUUGCGCUUCAAAAUGAGACCAAAGAGGAAGAAAUAAAGAAAGCAUUUGAUGAACAAUUAUCCAAGAGAAACGAAGCCAACCGCAAAGCGCUUUUGGAGUUAAAGGAGAGAAUGGAGCAGAGAGAUGAAGCUAUCAAGGCACUCAAAGAACAGUUGGCCAUGUACAAAAGGUUGUACGAUGAUGAAGUGAAGAUUCACAGCUCGCAAGUGCUUGCCAAUGGUAAUGGAGUGGAAGAUGGGGCGUCGCCUGACUAUAGAAGGCUCUUCGAAUCAGUUCAGGAGGAGCUUCAGAAACUGCGUGAGGAGACGACACAGCAAGCAAAAGCUCUGCAGAAGGACGUUGAUAAAGCUAGAGACGAAGCCAGUGCGGCGAGAGUGGAGCGAGGGAAGGCAGAUGGUGAGGCCCGGUUUGCUAAAGAGCAGUAUGAAUCCCUCCAGCGGGCAAUGGAAGACCAGAGAAAGGAAAUGGAAGCAGUUCUUUCGCGGAAUAUGGAAUUCUCACAGCUCAUCACGGACUACCAGAGGAAGCUUCGCGAGGCAUCUCAGGAUGUGGCAAGGGCAGAAGAUGAGGCGCGACGAAAGACAAUUGAAGCAUCUGUGCUUGAGCGGGAAAAGGAACUGCUCAUUUCUGCUGAGACUCGGGCUUCUCAGGAGGCAAAGACUCUUUCUGAGAGGGUGCAUCGUCUACAGGCAGUGCUGGACACUUCUCAAAUUGCGGAGCAAGCUCGUGAGGAAUCUAAAGUUGCGGAAAGACAGCGGCAUGUUGCUGAGGCUCAGCGUUUACAGCGGGAGUGGGUAGAGUCCAAGAAAGAGCUGGAAAUGGAACGGAAUCAUUCAAGGGAUUUGAUAAUUGCACGAGAUAAGGCCGUGGCCGAGGUAAAGGCGAAGCUCGAGGCGGCAGAGGCAGCUUGUGCAAAUGCAGAGAGGGCUUGUCAGGAGACAGAGAGACGGGCAAAAACUGCAGAGAGUCGUGUUGAGGCGCUGCAGCAGGAGUUGAAGGAGGCAGAGGAGAAGCUGGCCGUUCUACAUGCGGGCACAGAGGAUGACUCCAAGGACUCUGAAACAAGCGACAAGGAAGCACAACUAAGCCAGAGUCUAGGGCUUGGGAUGUCCUGGACAAGGACCUUGAAUCCCGACCCAGGACCAACGUCCGACUAAGAAUUUAUUAAGAAACAUACACUUAGAUAAAAGGGUUUACCUUUC